CCUGGGCGGAGCCCCGCGGCCUGGGUGGGCGGGGCGGAGGCGGGGAUGCCAGAGGCUCAGCGCCAUGCGAGAAAGACCGGAGCUCUGGGAGCAAGCGCCUGUCUCUUUAAAUGCUACGGGCUGCGCUCCCGCCCUGGGAGCCCGGAGCCGGAUCUACAAUCCCGUCCCUCCCGCUCCGGCGCUUGUUGCUCUCCCGGCCCGAGCGGGAGCUGCCGCCGCCGGGCACCGAGGCUGCUUCCUUCUUUUUCUAGAGAACCCCACUUCCCCCCCCCCCCGAGAUCCGGUUGAGGGGGUGAAGCAGCCCCAGCAGGAGGGAAGGGGUGCGGCGUGAAGAGGCGCCGCUCCCCGCCUUCAAGUCUUGAGGCGCUACGUAGCCCCGGGGGGCAAGACAUGCUCUGCUCCCUCCCGCCCAGCUUCGCAGCCGCCGGCGCCCGUAGAGAAGAGACUGCGGAGUCCACACCUGCAAACUCGCCCUAGAAGUCUCAGGGUGCGGCGGGGUAGGGGGCGGGGGGGUCUCCCAAUUCCUCACGGCCUCCACUACUAGGCGGGUGGUCUCAACCCCUGUCCGGGGACCGGUGCCAAUGACCCUAGUGGUGGUUUCGCUUUCUCCUCUGCCGGCUGCGUGAACGUGUGCCCGCAGCGUGAUGGGCAACCAGGUGGAGAAACUGACCCACCUAAGCUACAAGGAAGUGCCCACCGCCGACCCGACGGGCGUGGAUCGGGACGAUGGGCCCCGCAUCGGGGUCUCCUACAUCUUCUCCAAUGACGACGAGGACAUGGAGCCGCAGCCGCCGCCCCAGGGGCCGAAUGGCGGGGGCGUGGGUUUGCCCGACGGCGGGGACGGGCCGUCUCUGCCCCGCCCGCAGCCCUAUGACCCGCGACUGCACGAGGUGGAGUGCUCCGUGUUCUACCGCGAUGAAUGCAUCUACCAGAAAAGCUUCUCGCCGGGUUCCGCGGCGCUGAGCACCUACACCCCCGAGAACCUGCUCAACAAGUGCAGGCCUGGCGAUCUGGUGGAGUUCGUGUCGCAGGCGCAGUACCCACACUGGGCCGUCUACGUGGGCAACUUCCAGGUGGUGCAUUUGCAUCGGCUAGAGGUGAGCAACAGCUUCCUGACGGACGCAAGUCAGGGCCGGCGCGGUCGCGUGGUGAACGAUCUGUACCGCUACAAGCCGCUGAGCCCCAGCGCCGUGGUGCGCAACGCGCUGGCGCACGUGGGCGCCAAGGAGCGCGAGCUGAGCUGGCGCAACUCGGAGAGCUUCGCCGCCUGGUGCCGCUACGGCAAGCGUGAGUUCAAGAUCGGCGGCGAGCUGCGCAUCGGCAAGCAGCCCUACCGACUGCAAAUCCAGCUCUCUGCGCAGCGCAGCCACACGCUCGAGUUCCAGAGUCUGGAGGACCUGAUCAUGGAGAAGCGGCGCAACGACCAGAUCGGGCGCACCGCGGUCCUGCAGGAGCUGGCCACGCACCUGCACCCCGAGCCUGACGAGGGCGACAGCGACGCUGCGCGGACUACGCCGCCUCCCGGGCGCCUCCCCGCGCCGGGCCGGGAGGAGGGGGACCGAGAGGCGGUGGUGCACUGACGGGGGAGCUGAGAGAGGAGCUGUUUGCAGCAGCCGCUGCCCGUGCCCGCUCCCUCCUCUCACUCCCUCCUCCACCGCCUUCUGGGCCCCAUCUGGGCUCCUGGGCCAUUUGGAAAACGGAGAGUUGGCGCAAAGCGUAGCCAGCUGUGGCUUGAGUUUGUUAUCUUGGACGGAGGAGGAAGAGAGAGCAGGUAGGAGCACUUUGGCCGGGGGCGCUUCUCGGCCUCUUGCCCACUGGCUCAAUCCGCCUUCUUUUCCCGAGGUGAGGCAAGCUGUGGACUUGCCAGACACUUGAAUCCCUGCUGGACUUGGGUCCAAAAAUCAGCUCUUCUGAAUUUAGGGAUGAAGACAAGUUCGGAAUACCAAUGCCUGCCGCUGCCUUCUGCCCGCGCUUCCCCUCCUACCCUGGGCCUGGAGGAUGCCCUGUAGUAAGGCCAGAGGAGAUUUGUGGUGUGCCUCCACACCGCCCCCCCCCCCACCCCCACCCCGCGGCACCCCCCGAGGGGCAGUGUGAGGGGUCCGGGAAGCUGGGGUGAUUUAUUUAUUUUAUGGUUUUCCUGGGGUGCAAGGCUGGUGAAACCUGGAUCAGAUCUGGGAUGAAACCAAACAACCCCCUGUGAAGUAUAACAAAUAGUUGAGUAAACUUGGGCUGCAAAACAAAGACUUGGCUACCUCAGCCCGCCCCAUCCCCCAACGAUGUGUCUUUUGGAGCUGGCUUCCGGCUGAGUCUCCUGAGCGGCCCACCGGUUCCCAGGUUUCAAGUAAAUUGUUGUCACAGGCCAGCUAAGGGAAGGAUUCUAUUCUGGUUCUGUUUUGCCGCCUUUGUUUAUAGCCUGCAAUUGUAGGCACUUAAGAGCUGCUGUGUUUGUCAUCAAAGGAGGGCAGAGCCCUUUGUGUCUCUGAUCUAAUUAAAACCUGCAUGGCCAUGUUCAUCCUCAGGUCAAUUUCCUGUCAAUCCCCCAGCCGACCCCCUUCUGAUAUAGUGAAGGUAACUUGUUUUCUUUUCUUUUUUUUUUUAAACUUGUUUUCUUAAUUUAAGGCUUUGGUGGUGGUCCUGUGAUUUUUUUUUUUUUCCCCUUUACUGUCUCACCCCCUUCACUCACUCUUGUUUUGCUGGAGGUCGAAUUUUUGGCUUGAGGCAUAUUUCAAUGAUAAGGUAUUGCUAGCCACGCUUGAUACAAUAUGUAUGUAAGUGAAAGUCACUCAGUCCUGUCACUGAGCUGUUGCUCAGUCAGUUUGUGACCCCGUGGACUAUACAGUUAUUUUGUGACCCAGUUUUUACCCUUAGAGUAGGAUCAUAUUUGAAUGAUCCAUAUUUAAGUGAUACAGCCAUGGCCAUCCUCAGGCAUCCUGCCUGGAGAUCUUUAAAUCAAGGCAGCAAAACUUGAAGGAUUUUCUUGUAUUAUUACAUUUUUUUUUCAAACUUAGGAAGUCGAGGCCAUAAGUUUUAAAAGCCUAGACCUUCAUAGCACCACAACACGAAUUCAUUUAAUUACAAGGGUGUAGGCUAUGUUCCCUGUUGUCACAGGAAUCCCCAGACAUGUCCUAUCACUUUGAUUGUUAAAGAUGAACCACAGUCAGCUCUAGUCCAGGACUUUAGAGAAAUAUCCAUCUCCUGUUGAAAAUGUUAAUCCAGUUUCCUUCUUUAAUAAUCUCACAGCUUUGUGUUUGUAUUCUUUUGCUCGUGGAAAAGUGGAGCAAGGUAAAGUGGGUAAAGACAUUUGGGAGAGCCUGUUAGAUUUGAAUUGUCUUUUGUGUCGAACACAGUCAAGAGAAAGUUGAAUGUAACGACCGCUGUGGAGGCAGCAGGAGGGGAGAGCAGAGCAGCACCGUCCAGCAGCUCUGGGCCAGCUCUCUCUUCCGCUCUCGGAUCUCUGUCUCCCUCUUUCAAGCUUCAGUGGAAAGUGAAUGUCGUCAGGCACAGGGAUAGCAAUGACUCUUUGUUACAGCUUUGUGAGAAAUCUCAACUGGAAGGAAGAACUAUAAAAUCCACAUCUACAGUAGCAAUUCUGCCUCUCAGGAAGAGGUUUUUGAUAACAGGACUUGAAAAUGAGCUAGAAGAGUUAAGAGAUCUUCCGAUGCGGCUUUCUCAUGUGUUUUUACAGAGCAACAGAGAUGUGAACUACGUACAUAAUGCUUUUGGAACCGUGAUUCUGUUGGAAGUUUUAUUAGGGUUGUCAUAGUUAAAGUAAAACAUCAACCAACCAGUGAAAGUUUCAAAGAAAGGGGAUUGAAUCAACUGUUGGCAUCUUUCUUGAAGAUGUGGAUAAGAGUUUUGAAUGUCCAGACAAUGGCUACAUCUGGCACUUUAAAAUAUACAUAUAUAUAUUUAAUUUUUGUUUCUCCUUAGGACUAAGACUCUAGAACUGUUUUGUACUGUGAAUUACGGAUGCUCUUUGAAGACAAGGAAUAUUGAUUCUAAUGUUCUUCAGAAGCUCUGGCAGGGAUAAGCAAGACACUCAACUGGAACGGAUGCUAAAUGUAAUCAGACAAAUUCUAUUUUCUUAAGCAAAUAUUUUAUUGAGACUGCUUAUGUAUAGCAAAGGAGCCCACAACUUCAGCUACACAACUUUUUGUAUUGAAAGAACUCAAACUUUUUGUAGCUUUUAUUCCACAUUUAAUUUAAAAUGACUAUAGCACUAACACACCUAGCAGAAGACUUUACUCCAGACCUUUAAGGAAAUUUUUAGUUUUUAUGAAAAAAUGAUACUUCAGUGGUUACAUUUCUCACAUCUUUGGUGCUUCUGUCCCUAAUAGCACCAGUCAACAACACCACAACCACAUGGAAACAUAUUUUUGGAAGCAAAACUUUAAUUUUCUACAACAUAUACUAUGGAUAAUGAGAAUUUAAGGACUACUUGUUUCCUAUAUUUUUUUUUUUCCUUAGAAUGCAAUCCAUUGUGUUGAAGACUUGAUAUGAUGUGAUUGUCUAACCUUUUUUUUUGAAAUUAGAAUAAAAUCUAUUGUGAUCAUGAUCAUUGAAAGGGUUUGUUUGGCAAGUUAUGUUUUAUUUGUGAGUUUUUUUUUUUUUUUUUUUUUUAAUCAAGGUAACUAAACUAGUUUAUUCAACUUCAUUAUAUUGUCUUGUUCUUACUGAUAAUACCUGUAACCCAUGGAGAAUUAUAUCGGUUAACUUGAUAAAUUCCACGUGCAUUUUAUUUCCUAGUGAAUUGUGUAAACUUUAUUUUUGUUGAUGAUUAUAUGUUAAAUCAAUGUUACGUUCUCAUACCACUUCUUGAGAAGGAGGUUCUAAUUUGAAACUGUAUCAUUUCCUUCAAAAUGAAGGGCAAGUGCUUAGUUAAAUAAAAGAUUGAUGACAUCUUUUAAACCA